AUGGAUGUCUCACACCAAUUCUGGAUGCAGAUGUGUACCUCGGCAGUGAAGGAGUCCUUAACAAAUAUUUAUGGUGACAAAUUUCAGAGUUUCAUGAGCAACUUUGAGAAAGCUUUUGGUAGUACACUGAGAACCAUUCACCUUAUCAAUGAAACACCUGUCUAUGAGCAAGAUAUGGCGCAAUGUUCUUACAAAGAUGGUAAUUCUGUACCUGAUGAAAUCAAGUUGGGUGGUGCUGAUUCAUUACCUGAAAUAAAGUUGGGUGGUGCUGAUUCACAAAAUCUAAUCCAGAAAUUGAUCAGCAGUGUAUUUGAGAGAUCUCUGAAUGAGCAAGCUCGUUCAAAUGAGCUCAAGGAGCUUGUAAUAGGACUUACUAUGAGAAAAUUGCAAUUGAGCCGAUCUCAGUUAGCUCUGAGCUCCGAUUCACACAUGUUAGAGAAGAUCAAAGUUCUGAUGGGAUUUCAGAAAGCCUCUUUCAAAGAGAAGAAAUUCAAGACUGAAAUGGAGGAUACAAAACAUGCAGAACUUUUCAGGAAACUUAUAGAUAUGCUUCUUACUGCAGUGGUACUCAUGUCUGUCUGUUUUGGAUAUGGAACAUAUAUUUACUCGUACCAGCGUAUAACUGCUGCUACUUCAGCCUGUGCAGCAAUUUCAAGGGAGUAUACAUCUUGGUGGAUGCCAAGUUCAGUGUCAGCAUUCAACUCUGGUUUGUUGCUUUUCAAAUGCCAUGUGAUAGCAGCAACAAGGAUAUUCUUUGGAAUUUUGAUGCUCCUAUUAAUUGGUUGGUUGAUAUUCCAGCGUUCUGCAAUGACUGGACCAAACAUGCCAGUAACAUUCAAUGUUAUGAUAUUGGGAGUUCUUUGUGGUUAUUUUGGAAGCCGUUGUGUCGACACACUGGGCGGGGAUGGAAAUGUAUGGCUUAUAUACUGGGAGGCCCUUUGCUCCAUCCAUUUACUUGGAAACAUUUGGCCAUCUCUUUUACAUCGCAUGCUCUAUGGUCCUAUUUCUGUGACUCACAGGACCAAGGCUGUUCAUUUACCAUAUUGGGCCCGCCGAUACACAUUUUAUGUUUUGGUGUCACUUAUUCUGCCAUGCUUGGCUGGUUUGCUGCCAUUUGCAUCUGUCAGACUGGAAAGAUCUAGCAGUUCAACAUUUGAAGUCCAGAUUCAGUGGAAGUAA